AUGAAGGAUGGCGCAGGCCCCUCCGAGAGGCCCGGGGACCCUGGAGGAUCCUUCUGGGGCCUGGAGCGGACUCCGAGGGCGGGCAGGCGGCCACAGAGCCCGGCCGACAGCCUGAAGACGGCGAGCCACGAAGGGGGCGGGCCUGCCCGCGCGCGCGCACCGCCGCCGGGCGGCGGGGCAACCGCCUCCCUCGCGUCACGUGAGGAGAGAACGGCCGUUAGACCAAUCGGACGGCGGAGAGGGCGGGACGAAGGCCGGCUGCCGCCCAAUGGGGAGGCGGGGGCGGGGCGGGCGUGGGAAGGGGGAAGGCGGUGCCAGCUCCCCCCCACACUGUAUGUGUUGUCCCCCCCCAAGCUGUCCCUGCGGGCCGUCAACUCCUCGCGCUCGGCCUUCGCCUCCUUCCUCUUCGCCCCCCUCUUCUUCCAGCGCUACGAGGCGGGGGGCUCCCCCCCCGACAGCCAGCUUUUCCGAUGCAAAGUCCUCAUGAAGUCCUUCCUGGGUGUUUUCCGCUCGCUGCCCUCCCUGGAGAAGACGGUAGAGAAAUGUCUCAUCCUGCUCAAACCCCGGGCCAGCCGCCUGGUCGUGCAGCUCCACUGCAAGUACGGUGUCACCAAGACCCACAACCUGGCCUUCCAGGAGUGCGAGAGGCUGCAGGCUGUAUUCGACACCCAGCGCUGUGCCAGCAGCCUGCGCGCCCCAGCACGGGUGCUGGCAGAGGCCGUGGUCCACUUCCCCCAGACGCUGGCUGAGGUGACACUGGGGGCUGGCCCCAGGGGGAAGAUCAGCCUCCAAAACUACGUGGAGGACGAGACGGAGAGGAGCAAGAUGAUGGUGACAGAGCUGUGUCUGGCCGAGGACGAGUUCCAGACAGUGGCUGUGGCCCCAGGCUCCCGCAUCACCUUCUGCCUCAAGGAGUUUCGGGGGCUGCUGAGCUUCGCCGAGGCCUCCAACUUGCCCCUCACCAUCCACUACGACGCGCCCGGCAGGUAGGAACGG